AUAACUGUCGCUUUCAGUAAUCAUUUAUAACUUAUUAAUUAGACGAAGGAAUGUAUAGAGAAAUGGUUAAAGAAUAACCAUUACAUUACAUUAGUUCACGUAUCUAUUGUUUGUCAUUACUAUGAGUUUGACAACGAUGCAUUGAAGUGUUAUUGUUUACAUACAUUUAACACAUAACCUACGAAAAAAUAAAAUACGACUCAUCAACGAUUGUAACAGUACGAAUUUAAGAAGACAUGUCUUUGUUUCCGGCUUAUUCCGGUGACAAGGAUGAAUCACCUAAUUCCAAUAAGUCGGAAAAUCUUUUAAAAGAAGAUGAAGCCAGCUGGUUACACAAUGUUAGUUGCCUAGAACGUAUAUCAUCAAAGAAUAUUGUUGAUGUUCCUUCGGAUUCUUCGGAUGAAACUGUAAACAAAGCCUCUGAUUUAGAUAAACAACAGGUAUCAUGCAAUACUACUUCUUUGAAUAAUGACAGUCGUGUACAGGAAGAAAGAAAAACAUUGAAAUCUGUCAGAAAGAGGAAGUUAGAGAAAAGAAAGCAUGCCCAUGAAAAAGCAAAAAAACCAGAAUAUAAACGAGAAGUGGAGAAUGUAUAUUUUGAAGAUAAAUACAGAGAUAAGGGGAAUAAUACUGUAAAGACACUUUGUUCUAGAGUAAGGCCAUAUUAUGAUGUUGAAAAAAGUACCCUUGGUUUUGUUUCAUUCAAGCAACCAAAAAAAGAUAGUUAUGAGAGGUAUUACAUUAGAAACAUUGAUUCUGUGGACAGAGCUAAAAAGAAAGAUAAUGUUAUUAGAAAAGAUUCUACUACCAAUUCGUUGGAAAAAGAUGAAAGUACACCUUCAUGGUGUGUUAAUUUAGAAGAAUUACAGAAAAAUAAAAUUAAAGAAUAUAAUGAAAGAUUAACAGACAAUCCAAAUAAUAUUGAUCUAUGGGUUGAAUAUAUUGAAUUUCAGGACACAUUGAAAUACUUCCAAAAAUAUCAAACUACGAAAGAUGUUUCUCGGGCAACAACGUUAAAAAAGUUAUCUAUAGUUGAGAAAGCUAUAGAAAAAAAUUUGGAAUCUAUAGAAUUGUUAAAAUUAAAAUUGUCUUUGAUGGGAGAGCUCCUUCCAGCUGAUGAACUUUCAAGACAACUAGAAACAUUAGUUAAUAAGGACUCAGGAAACAUUGUUCUAUGGCAAGAAUUUAUCAUGGUUACACAAUCUUCAGUAGCAAUGUGUACUGUACCAAAAGUUUUAGAUCUAUACUCGAAAUGUUUUUGUAUUCUAAAACAAAAAGCUAGGACAAAUCCUCGUAUAUUUGACGAACGAUUAUUGCAAAUGCUGUACUGGUGCCUAACAUUUCUAAGACAUACCGGACUUUGGGAACAAAUGUGGGAAACGAUACGUUUGAAUCUCUGUUUGAAUCUUAGUUUAAGCAAAGACAGUCUAUCCUUUCGAAAAACAAUAGAUGAAAAAAAAUUAAUUGGAAUGGAAGAGGUAAUACUGAUAUCCAGACUACCACUGAAUCAGUUAUGGCAAAGAACAGAAUCGUUAAGAGAAAAUUGUCAUUGGAUCAGUGUCACUAGAGAUGAAUUAGAAUUAGCUGGUGAUUCUCGAAGAUUCGUUUUGCCAGAUGAUGUCGCGGAUUUUGUCCAUCCCAUACUUUCGCGAAAUUUGAAUUUUCGAAUGGCGAUACAUGCGCUACUUUUACUCAAAGUACCACUUCUACCUACUCGAGACUAUAUAUUAGAGAUGUUAUCUUUAAAAGAAUUUGAAUGGGGAAUAGAAACUUCGGAAGUGUUACUUCCGUUCGCCUAUCCUGUAGCAGGUGAAAUGACUGGCCAUAGUCAAAGGAAGCAAUUAUUGCAUGGCAUACUCGAAGGAGGUAUAACAUCAGGUCCUCAGUACCUUAUGUUUCAUCCUGCGCAAGAGUCGUACUUAGAUUUUAUACGCGAAAUGUUUUUUACAAUUGCCGAAAAUUUACCUGCCCCGCAACGUACAAGUAUAUAUAUUUGGUGGUUAAGAUUUGAAAGGUUGCUUAUUUUUCUUCGCAAAGACGAAUCUUUAAAAUAUGACAAAAAGGGGAAAAAGUUAAAAACGAUAUUAAAGAAAUUCGUGAAGAAAAAGGAAUAUAGAAAUAAUUUACAUUUCUACAAAGAGUAUGCAUUGAUAGCAAAAGAAUUGGGAAGAUUCGAUAAUUGUGUGAAUAUUUUGGAAACAGCGAUUCAAUCUCAAGGUCCCUGCCCUUCGGCAAUUCCCAAUUUUGAUGAAAGGGCCGCACUCUUCAGCUUGUAUCGAACGUUUAUCGAAACUUUACUCAACUCUGAUACAUAUAAAGAAACACAUAAAGAGCGAAUAUUGAAUACGAUUAAACAAAUGAUACCUGAUGCAGGUGAAAAUCAAUUAGAACUCGUAUCAGAAUAUUUAGAAAAUAGUAUAAAAAGUUUCUUGCAAGAAGCCCCUAUGGAAGAUGAUAAAGACACAUACUUUUUACCAAAUUUAAAGUGCGAUACAAUUGUAUGUUACGCAUACCUUUUGUACAUACAACAUUUCGAUAUUGGUAAAAUAAUGAGCAUAUUUACAGAGUCCAUAAAUCAUUACAAGGGGUGUCGUUACACACAGGAAAUAUUAUUUGAAAGUCAACUCGCACUUUUACAACUAUAUUGCAAAAAGACUCAAGAAAUAAAUAUUUUAAAAACCGUGUUAGAUGAUAUGUUAAAUUCAUAUCCAAAUAACGUUUUUGCCCUUUCGAUAUUAGCGUGCAUAGAGAGUGAAUUACCAAUUUGGAAAUUUAAUAGUCAAAAGACAAAGCUUGAAUUAUGGAGAGCAUUUGCUAUGUGUUUAGCAAGUCGUAAACGUAUCCAUUUCUUAAAGGAGCGUAACGACUCUGUCAGUAUGAAUGCAGCAAUAAAUAAAUUAUUACAUUUUCAUCAAACUCUCACAAGAGUACCGACAACUAGAUGUUGCCCACUAUUAUGGAGAUUAUACAUGCUUCUUCUCAGAGAAUACAAUUUAUGCGAAAAGAAAGGAGAAGAUGUAUAUCAUGAAAGUGUAGCACAAUGUCCUUGGGCCAGAAGUAUCUAUAUUGAUGCGGCUGAAGUUGCACCUCAAAUUCUUACCCAAGUUCAAGAUGUAAUACGAGAAAAAGAAUUGAGAAUGCACGUUACACCCGAAGAAUUAGACAUCUUGCGCGGCUAAUGUUAAUUAUCAUUUCAAAUUUUAUGUAAAUAACAAGAGAUUAUAUUAACUUAAAAGACAUGGUUCAUAAUAUAGUUAGACAUAGUAAUUACUAUAUAAAAAAAAGAGGUAAAUAAAGCUAAUAUAAUAGCAGUAAUAAAUAAUCUUUCUUUUUCGAACUAUUCGAA